CAAAAGGGUCCUAACCUAGCGGAGAUCCAAUAAUGGGCCAAGUGGCCAUAGUCGCACGAUGACUCAGAUUGUUCCCUUUUUUCAUUGCAACAGCGUGUGUGACGACGGUUUGAAAGUUUAAAUUCUUUUUUCUACGCAUCAAAAGCCGACGCCUAUCUUGCGCUUCACUUCAUCGCUCUUUCUUGGCUAAUCAUUAUGGACGCUAAUCAAAUCAACGCCGGCACCACCGCCUGGACACCCACCAACUGGAAAACGAAGCCUAUCAAGCAAGACGUCGUUUACGAAGAUAAGGAGCACGUGCAAAAAGUCUUGGGCAAGCUGGAACAAUUGCCACCAUUAGUGACUCCCAAGGAGAUCGAGAAUCUGCGAGAGCAGCUGAAACAGGUGGCACUGGGUAAUUCCUUCUUGCUACAAGGUGGUGACUGUGCGGAAUUGUUCGACUAUUGCUCUCAGGGUCCCAUUGAAGCCAAAUUGAAAGUGCUUCUCCAAAUGUCGCUUGUCCUGACGUGGGGAGCCAGAACAUCAGUUGUUCGUAUUGCGCGUAUGGCGGGUCAAUAUGCCAAACCAAGAAGCAAACCCACUGAGAUGCACAAUGGCCAAGAGAUUUUGUCUUACAGAGGUGAUAAUGUCAAUGGUUUUGAUCCUAGCGACCGCACACCUGAUCCGGAACGCCUGCUGGGUGCUUAUUUCCAUUCCGCUGCCACAAUGAACUAUCUCAGAUCAUUGCUGGAUUCUGGAUUUGCGGAUCUGCACGAGCCAUCCAACUGGAAUCUUGACCACGUUCGUUCAGAAGCCGUACGAGGGGAAUACCAAAACAUUGUAACACAACUGACAGAUGCAUUGGAUUUCAUGCGCACCAUUGGCGCUGAUAAUUCACAGCAACAAUCGGCUUCCAGCAGUGUUUUACGGUCGGUCGAUUUCUUUGUGUCGCAUGAAGCCUUGUUACUGGAUUUCGAGACGGCCUUGACCCGUUUGUUACCGUCACCUUCUUCAAAGACCAAGAAAUGGUACAACGCGGGGGCCCACUUUUUGUGGAUUGGCGAUCGCACACGACAGCCCGAUGGAGCGCACAUUGAAUACAUGCGAGGCAUUGAAAAUCCUAUCGGUAUCAAGGUGGGACCGACCACGGAACCCGACAAGUUGGUGGAACUGUUGAACACACUGAAUCCCAGCAAGGACAUUGGCAAAAUUACACUGAUUACACGUUUCGGUGCGGGCAAGGUCGACACCCAUCUAGCCCAACAUAUUGAAGCUGUGCGACAGUCUGGCCACAUUCCCGUGUGGGUCUGUGAUCCCAUGCAUGGUAACACAAAGAGCGUAUCAGGUGGCAUCAAAACGCGUCAUUUCGUUGAUAUUUGCCAGGAAUUGUCACAAACCUUCCGUGUGCAUAAAAUGUGUGGCAGCAAGUUGAAUGGUGUUCAUUUCGAGUUGACAGGCGAUUCAGUCACAGAAUGUAUUGGUGGUUCGAUGGACCUGAAAGAUACCGACUUAUCAACCAACUAUCAAAGCUACUGCGACCCCCGCUUAAACUAUGAACAAUCCCUAGAUAUCGCCUUCCUCAUUGCUAAAUACUAUCAAAAAGAGAGAAAGAACGAAGAGUUCCCCAGUCUGUAAUGAUUCUCAGUUGCAACCAAUUAAAGCUUUUCUGUUUGCAAAUCUUGCAAUGCACAGUUGUCU